CGCCAAUGGGAUGGCCGCUAAGUGAUGUCAUGGAGGCAGCGGUGAUGCUGUUGCCGAUGCUGAGUCCGUGCUGCCAGACGAGGGGAAGCAACGUCGGCGCUCCGACACCAGCGAGACGAGACGCUCAGAGGGGGACUGAGGAGGAUCUUCGGCAUCCUUGGAAAGCAACACGAGCAGCGAGAAGAUGACUCUGGCAGCCUACAAGGAGAAGGUGAGGGAGCUCCCCCUGGUGUCCUUGUUCUGCGCCUGCCUGCGGCCACAGAGCUUGGACAAGGCCUCCUACAAGGCGGAAGAUGCGGUGGACCUGGGUCUGUGCGCCAUGAAGGACGUGGAGGUGAUCGAGCUGAACAAGAGGGCGUCCGGUCAGGCCUUCGAAGUCAUCCUCAAGCCCCCGUCCUUUGACGGCCUGCCGGACCUCAACGCGUCCGUGCUCCAGCGCCGAGACCCCAGCCUGGAGGACAUCCAGAAGAAGCUGGAGGCCGCCGAGGAGCGUAGGAAGUGCCAGGAGGCGGAGCUACUGAAGCACCUGGCGGAGAAGAGGGAGCACGAGCGUGAGGUGAUCCAGAAGGCCAUGGAGGAGAACAACAACUUCAUCAAGCACGCCAAGGAGAAGCUGGAGCAGAAGAUGGAGGCCAACAAGGAGAACAGGGAGGCCCUGUUGGCGGCCAUGUUGGAGAGGCUGCAGGAGAAGGACAAACACGCAGAGGAGGUGCGCAAGAACAAGGAGCUGAAGGAGGAGGCCUGCCGAUAAAGCCCCGCUUCAAAAGAGCCGAAUAGAGAAGGAGGAGAAGGAUUAAAAAGAUGAUUUUGGUUUGUUGUUUUUUUCUCGCGAGAGGAAAAGAGUGCAGGGAAGAAAACACUCAAAGGAAAAUGUCAUAUUAUUUAUUGACGUACAAAACCUACAUCAUUUCUAAUGUUGAAACAAGUUGACUUGUGGUAUUUGGCUGGCGUGUAUUAAGUAAAAUACUUACAGUACAAACACUUGGUAGGGCGCAACAUGACACAUUCAGCUUCAUGGAAAAAGCUACUUCCUGGUUCGACAACAUACCAUAAAUACAGCACUGCCAUCUAAUGUCUUGGAAGUGCAACUGCAUUGCAAAUGAGACUCAAAAAUACAAAUAAACAAUUAUUUUUAAAUGUUACAUAAAAAAAAAAAGCAUUUUAUUAUCCAACCAUUAAUAUUUAUUAGCACACACAAAGUACCGAAAAUUGGAGCCGUUGAGAAACCGGCAUUGACUACCAGGUAUGGGGAAUUGCUACCGUAUGGGUUCAAAUGUGAACGGUAUCCAUUGACCAAGUGAGUAGUGACAACAUGAAUCGGCAUAGUGAUACGAUACUUCCCAGUGAUAUCAACACCCGGGGCCACUUGAAAAUGUACACAAAGAAAAACCACACUUCCAGGAUAUACUUUGUGAAGUCAGUCCAAAGUUAUAAGUCGACAUAUAUCUGAGUACAAAGAACGACCCCUUUUAUUCUGAAAUUCAAAUGUCUAAACAUUAAAAUCUUUUUAAUGGUUUCAUAAAAUGUAAUAAAAUUUAACAUGACCAAACUUCUCUUAUUAUCAUUUUUUGUAAGGUCAUACAUUUUUACCAUCACGACUACUAUCAAUAUUAUCAUUAUCACUACUAGGGGUGUCCCGAUACAACAUUUUCACUUCCGAUGCGAUACCAAUAUUCGGUCCUGUAUAUUGAUCCAAAACGAUAGCAGCAGGAAUGAUACAUACUCGUAUUAUUUAGUAGUGUGGAAUGUUAGAAAAGGUUUGAUCAAGUGAAAUGAGUCCAUCACAGAACAAUGGUAGCUUUGAAAAACACUAACAUAUUUAUUAUUAAUGGACUUAUGCUGUCUUUAAGUUGAAGUGGAUAGGUCAUUGUGGUUUUCUGGCGACACCUCGGGGUCACAAUAAUUCGUUGGGGUAAGCUCACGACGCAGUAAGUUGAACAGUGCGGACACGUUUGUUACUUGGAGACUUUGUAUGUGUAAGUAAUAUGCAACCAUAAUUAUUUGAUACUUGUUUAUGUUGACAAAUGUCACCUUUUAUUGUUCAAUGAUUAUUACCUACAUCUAGCUUGUGUGCUAUUGUGUGCUUAGCUGUCGUGUAGCUGCCAGCUCCUAGUAGCAGAUAGCCUAGCAUGUUUACCUUUUUGCAAAUGAGUCAAAUAGAAGAAACUGUGUGUUUAUUGGAAGAUGUUUAUUUAUUUAUUACGGAGCCCCUAAAGGGACAUGGGGGGGGGGAAAUUGUUGGUUUUUUUUGGUUUUUUUGCUGUUGUUUUUUAGACAUGUAUCGAAAUGUGUAGAAACUUUUUAUAAAGUUAUAAAAAAAUAAAUAGAAAAAUUUUAAUAUUUUUUUUUAACUUUUUUUAUUUUUAGACAUGUAUCUCGUACAUGUCUAAAAAAAUAAAAAUUAAAAAUUAAAUUAUAAAAAAAAAAGUUUUAUAAAAAGUUUCUCGUGCGCACGAGAUACAUGUCUAAAAAAAAAAAAAAAAAAUUAUAAAAAUGUUUUCCCCCCAUGUCCCUUUAGGGGCCGCAUAAUUUAUUUAUUACUUUGUUUAUUUUUUCAUUUUCUUUUCUUUUCAUGCAAGCUGAUAUCAAUAUCAAUAUUGGAUCGGUGCACCCCUAAUAUUGCUAUUAUUAUUAUUAUAUACCUUUUGGUGACUUGAGCAGCAGGGUAAAUGACACCGAGCACACGUAGAAGACAAAAUCCGCUUAACACAAACAAUAACGCAUAGAGUAGCGUAGCGUCCGCACUCUUAUUUUGGCGGGCACAAGUCAAAAGCACACGUACGUACACGAGGAGAAAGGAACUUGUCUGUUUGUGUCGUGAAAAAUGUCUGAGCAGGAAAAAUAAUCAAAAGUGACGAACUGUUGAUGAAGUUGAUGUCAUUCGCUGAAGUCUUGUUGACUGAUGGUGUUUUUUUUGCAUUUGGGAAAGUAUGUUGCUGAAAAUGAACGAUUGUAAUUACUUGGCAUGGACAGUAAAACAUUUCAAUCAACUUUGGUG